AUGGAUUCACUGGGUGGAACCCACGCCAAAGCUUCUAUUGACUACGGCGAUCAUGGAUCCAGACCGGAUCAGCAGAAAAGCUUGAAUGAGCAUCAUAAUGUUCCACAAGUCAGACGGCAGUUGGUAGAAGACUUGUCACAAUGCAACUGGACAAAACUUCAACAAAUAUACUCAGAUAUUAUGAAACAACAUGGGGAUGCUGAGGAAGAGUUGCGGGCUCGAUCUUUGAGGCUUCUUGAGAUUUUUACGGCCUGGUCACAGUCUGCUGUUCUUCGUGAUGAAAGCAGAGCGCUGAAAAGAUUCAAAACCCAGUCGCAGCAUGUGCAGACAUCCGAAGAGGAUUUAGAAAAUAGGAGAAAACAUUAUGCCGACGUUGUGAAGGCUUUCGAAAGUGCUCUCGCUCUCCUGAAUAAUGCCCCAAAGUCUUAG